UCUCUGUUCAUUCAGGUUUGACAGUUUGGUGAGAAGAAAAAAGAAACUUCAAACUCGAGCGUCGAGGCUGGUGCGUCUUGUGAUCUGAUUUCUUACAUUAUUUCCAUUUCAGUUUUAUUUAAUCUACAACCGAAUCAGAACGGCUCGUUACCGCAUUUUCUGUGUCCUUUUGGAUGUGAUUUUCUUCUCGAGGUGACCGAUUUAGAAUCUCUCUUAUCAAACUAGGCUGAGAUCAGUCAUAGGAAACUGGAAUUGAUAGAAAGUGAGCUUUUCCCCUCAUUUUUUGAGUCUGUCUUCUCUGAAGCUUCAUGCUUGACAAGGUGCUGUUGAUACACAGCUUGACCGGAAAGAAAUGAAUUUCCUAGCUGGGGCUUUCAAACCGCCGUGUAAAAUCUCAAUCUCAUUGGUUGAUGGAGGAACUCGCAAGCAGGUUCCGCUAAAGAAGGAAAAUGGUCAAUCAGUCAUGGUUCCUCUCUUUCGUAGUCAGGAGAACAUAGUUGGAGAGGUUAUCGUAGAACCUUUGUAUGGGAAGAAGGUGGAACAUAACGGUAUUAAAGUUGAGCUCCUUGGUCAAAUAGAGCUGUAUUUUGACAGAGGCAACUUCUAUGAUUUUACAUCACUUGUUCGUGAGCUUGAUGUUCCUGGGGAUUUAUAUGAAAGGAAAACGUAUCCUUUUGAGUUCUCUACUGUUGAGAUGCCAUAUGAAUCAUACAAUGGAGUCAACAUAAGGCUUAGGUAUGUUUUGAAGGUGACAAUUAGUCGAAAUUUUGUCAGCAACAUUGUGGAGUACCUGGAUUUUGUGGUUCGCAACUAUAGUCCACCUCCAGCAAUCAAUAAUAGCAUUAAGAUGGAAGUAGGAAUCGAAGACUGCUUGCACAUAGAAUUUGAAUACAGUAAAAGCAAGUACCAUCUGAAGGACGUCAUCAUUGGCAAAAUAUAUUUUCUCCUGGUGAGAAUCAAAAUAAAAAACAUGGAGCUUGAGAUAAGGCGUAGAGAGUCAACUGGAUCAGGGACCAACACUUACGUGGAAACUGAGACCCUUGCAAAAUAUGAACUGAUGGACGGUGCGCCUGUCCGAGGAGAAUCAAUUCCCAUCAGGUUGUUCCUCAGUCCGUAUGAGCUCACACCCACCUACCGCAACAUCAAUAACAAGUUUAGUGUGAAAUAUUUUCUGAAUCUUGUUCUUGUGGACGAUGAGGAUCGAAGGUACUUUAAGCAGCAAGAGUUCCAACUCUAUCGUCUGCUAGAAAACUCUUGAAACAUUUUGUUGAUUCAAGACAUUGCAACGCAUGAAUCCUGUCAAUGCCAUGCUUUUAUUGAGCCAGAUGUCUUCAUGUUGCAGCAGUCUUCUUGUGCUUUGAUGGUCCUUUAGGUCUUGUAAAGUAUGCUUGUGACACAAGAAUUAGUUUUAUUUGAUUGUGUUCGUCAGGAGAGGUUAAACGAAUAAUGUUGAGCUUGAGCACAGUAAAAGCUCAGCUUAGUCUUGAUUUUUAUCUUUUGUAUUAUGAAAAUUAGUUGGGCACCUGAGAAAUAAACUAGUUCAUUCUGUCAGAAAACAUUCUGAAGUAGUAACAUCUGGAAGAACGUGCUAGCAACAAAUUUUGGGAGUGAACAUAAGAGAAGCCUAAUCCAAUCUACAAUGAACGUGGAUAUUUGAGAGCUGUAAUACUUCCAAAAUGAGAAACAUGAAACACAUUACAAUAUAUGCUAGUUAUUUUUUCU